AUUUUCAAUCAUUCUGACAAGUGGAGUAGUAGUACUGCCUUCAAUAUUCGAGAUUAAUUAGCCAUGAAACUGGGGAGUGGUUUUGAGUUGUUUGUUCAACAAUACAAGGCCUUGUUCUGGAAGAACGUUUUGCUUUCAUGGCGGAACAAGAAGGCAACAUUCUUUCAGCUCUUUGCUUCAUUCUUGUUUAUCUUCCUCAUCUUUGUUACUCAGAAAGCCAUCGAUGCUCGCUUCUCUUACUCCACCUCUCACAGGACUCUCAUGAAUCCUCAGCCUUUGGUUGCUCCUCCAAUCCCACCAUGUGAGGAUAAGUUCUAUCUCAUCAAUCAUUGCUUUGACUUCAUCUGGAGUGGUAAUGGAAGCGCUAGAAUCCAGAGAAUCGUUGCCGCUAUCAUGGAGAACAAUCCUGGAAGGCCAAUUCCUUCUACUAAAGUUAAGUCAUUUGAAUCAACAACUGAAGUAGAUGAGUGGCUGUUUUCUAAUCCUAUGCUGACCCCCGGAGCCUUGCAUUUUGCUGAACUAAAUGCUACUGCAAUUAGCUAUGGUAUACAGACUAAUUCAACUCCAUUAGAAAACAAAGGGAACUAUGAAGACCCCACAUUCAAGUUUCAAAUACCACUUCAGAUUGCAGCAGAGCGUGAAAUUGCUAGGUCUCUCAUUGGAGAUCCAAACUUUAGCUGGAUGGUUUCAUUUAAGGAGUUUGCACACCCUAAGGUGCAAAGUCUCUCUGCAAUGACUACCGUAGGACCACCAUUUUUUAUUGCAACUGCAAUGUUUGGUUUUGUACUUCAGAUGAGUUCUUUGGUGGUGGAGAAAGAACUAAAACUUCGACAGGCAAUGACAAUGAUGGGUCUUUAUGAUUCUGCAUACUGGCUGUCAUGUCUCACAUGGGAAGGAAUUCUUACAUUUGCAUCAUCACUACUCAUUCUUCUCUUUGGCAAAAUUUUCGAUUUUGACUUUUUCUUGAACAAUAGUUCUGCUGUAGUAUUUCUUGUUCUCUUCCUAUUCCAGAUCAAUAUGCUUGGCUUCGCCUUUAUGUUAUCUGCCUUUAUAAGCAACUCGUCAGCAUCUCCAUCUGUUGGUUUCACAAUAUUCAUUGUCUCGUCAGUUAACCAGCUACUUGGACCAAUCCAAAUCCCCUACAGUAGAAGAAUAUCUAAACCUUUUCGAGUCAUUUGGUCACUCUUCCCACCUAAUCUUUUCAAUAAAGCUGUAUAUCUGCUUGCUGAUGCAACUUCCACGCCUCAAGAUAUCGGGAUCAGCUGGAGCAGAAAAGCGGAAUGUACACCAAAUGAUAACGAGUGUGUCAUAACAAUUAGUGAUAUUUAUAAGUGGUUUGUAGCUACAUUCAUUCUCUGGAUUGGUUUGGCAAUCUACUUUGAUAACAUUAUCCCAAAUGAAUUUGGAGUAAGAAAAUCAGCCUUUUACUUUUUAAAACCUCAGUACUGGACAGGAAGAAAUGGCAAGAAACGGGAAGAAGGCGCCAUUUGUAGUUGCAUAGAUUCACUUCAGUCAGAGGAGCAGAUUCCUGCAGAUGAUGAAGAUGUCCUUGAAGAGGAGAACAUCAUAAAACAACAUAUUGGUAAAAGUAUAGAAAAUACAAAAGUUGCUGUUCAAAUCCGUGGCCUUGUAAAGACUUAUCCGGGGUCAACGAAACUCGUUUGUUUUAAAUGCAAAAGAACUCAACCUUUCCAUGCUCUCAAGGGCUUAUGGGUGAACUUUGCAAGGAAACAGUUGUUUUGUCUAAUUGGAACCAGUGGAGCAGGGAAGACCUCAGUAAUCAACUGUUUGACUGGAAUAACACCAGCCACGGGUGGUGAUGCAUUGAUAUAUGGGAACUCCAUACAAAGCUCUUCUAGUAUGUCUAGAAUCCGAAAAUUAGUUGGAGUCUGUCCCCAGUUUGACAUUCUUUGGGAUGCACUAUCUGCGGAAGAGCACCUCCAUAUUUUUUCUAGUAUUAAGGGCAUACCCCCAGCUUCAAUACAAUCUGUUAUACAAAAUUCUUUAGAGGAAGUAAGACUUACAGAGGCAGCCAAUGUGAGAGCUGGCAGUUACAGUGGAGGAAUGAGACGUCGUCUCAGCCUUGCAAUAUCCUUUAUUGGCGAUCCAAAAUUGGUCAUCUUAGACGAACCUACAACUGGUAUUGAUCCAAUAACAAGAAGACAUGUAUGGGACAUCAUACAGGAAGCAAAGAAAGAACGCGCGAUUUUAUUAACAACACACUCGAUGGAAGAAGCUGACAUUUUAAGUGACAGGAUAGGAAUAAUGGCUAAUGGCAAGCUAAGAUGUAUUGGAAGCUCAGCUGUAUUGAAGUCAAGAUUUGGAAAUGGUUCCAUUGUUCAUGUGAGUUUCAUACAAAGCUCCGAUAGACAAACUCCUCCUCAUAAUGGAGAUGUAGUUGAUACAACACAACAACGCCACGAGACUGUGAAGCUGUUCUUCAAAAGGCAUUUAGAUGUUCUACCAAAAGAAGAGAACGACUCCUCUUUGACUUUUGCCAUUCCUCGUAAUAGAGAGAUGCUUUUUCCGGAUUGUUUUACUGAGCUCCAAGACAGACAAAAUGAAUUCGGAAUAGCUGACUUUGGUAUCAGUUUUACAAGCCUAGAAGAAGUUUUCUUAAGUAUUGCUCGGCAGGCAGAGCUAGAGACCGCCAUAGCUGAAGGAAGAUUAGUUACUAUCACUUUAACAUCCGGUCUAUCACUUGAGAUACCUGUCGGAGCUAAAUUUGUGGGAAUUCCGGGAACUGAAUCAGCCGAAGAUGGCAGAGGCAUUAUGGUGGAAGUGCACUGGAAGCAAGAUGAAUUGGGAGCUCUUUGCGUCUCAAAAAUCUCCGACGAAAUUCCAAUACCAUUGAAUGUUGAAUCAAUGGCUCCUUUAGCUGCUACUCCAAGCAGGAAUUCCUUAGACCGAACAGUAGCUGUACGUGGCGUUGUCAUUGAUCCCAAUCAAAUAUUAGGUAGUAACUAUCACUAAUUUGUUAGCAUGCUUUAAUGAUUUCUAUGAGAAAUUAUACACUUUUUACGUAAUUAUGGUCUAAGUAUGUAUGUUAUUUGCCAAUGUACAUAAAUCCAUUUCCAAUUUCCAUGCUAAUACGA